CUUUUUAAAUGUAAUUUAAAACAACUGAUCUUUAGUAACCCAAAAAUGUCUGUGUCAAGUACAAUUUGACUUUUGGAGCUGGAGUUCUGAACUGAUCAUAGGAUGCAAUGCGGCAAAGAAUUGGCAUCAGGCAUGGAACAGUGUGCAAAUAUUCACAACAGUAACAAAAAAGUUAUUUACCAAAAAGUAAAACACAAUACCUGACAACAUUGUGUGCACAGGUGCCACAGCAGGUUGCUGAUUGUUUGAAAAUAGUCCAGAGUCCUCUGUGAGGAAAGCAGAUACAACAUUAGACUCAAAUAGGUCUGACAACAUAAAACACGGGUGUCCACACUCAACUCUCCAACAAAAGCUGACAAAGCCAAGCUCCAAGAUGGAGAAACUCUUGAUUCUUGUGCUGAUGUUGGCAACAUGUGGCGCAACACCCCAAGAUCUGUCGGGCAAAGUAUUCGUGUUCCCCAAAGAGACAAACAGAGAUCAUGUGAAACUUCUGACCUCGAGGGUGAAGUUAAACUCUCUGACCGUCUGCAUGAGAUUCAAGACAGAUCUCUCCAGGAACUAUGGACUCUUCUCCUUGGCAACACCCUCAAUCAGCAACAACUUUGUCCUCUUUAAGCCCUCCACUGGGGGUGUCAUGAGGGUGCAUGCUCUGGAUGGGGGCACAGACUUCCUGUCACUGUCAUUUUCCCCAAACACAUGGCACUCAAUGUGUGCCACCUGGCGCUCCGACAAUGGCCUGGCUCAGCUGUGGGUGAAUGGUAAGCCAACUAUAAAGAGGUUCAUCAAAGCUGGAGUCAUCAAUGGGGCUCCCAUCACCAUCCUGGGCCAAGAGCAAGACUCCUAUGGAGGAGGUUUUGAUGCAACUCAAUCUUUUCUUGGUAUGAUUACCAAACUCCAUAUGUGGGACUAUGUGCUCUCCGAUGCUGAGAUCAAGCGUUAUGUAGAUGACACACAGUUUACUCCAGGCAACAUAUUCAACUGGAGAGCCCUGGAUUUUCAAGUUGUAGGGGAUGUUUUUGUGGAAGACCAGUGAAGUUAUGUAACAGGGUGUUAAACAGUGGAUUACACAGCAUUCCCUAUCAAGCGCUUGAUAUGAUUAAAAGG